CCUCUCUUGCUCUCGCUCUCUGCCUUCCGAAUUAUCAUACACACGCGCACACACGGAGAUGCAAACAGGCACCUAUAUCUUCUGUUUUCUCCAAGAUUAACAAUCGCAGCCCAUCGUGCGACACUCAGUGUCCACCGUAAGCAAGGAAAUAAGAAGCUGCAGAUUCUCAACGCUCAAAUCGGUUGUCACGUAUAACGAGCUAAGGAGCGUCGCUUAUGAUUUUGUAUUUCACAAUACCUUGAGCGCAUCUAUUGCAGAUGUACCGUUUAUUUCAUCUUAUUUAACAACUGGGUCCCUGUAUACAACUUCUUAACUGUCGACUGUCCAGAAACAUGCCACAGAUCUGGCGGUCAAGCUUUACAUAAGAGCGACAUCUUUCUGGUAUUCAUUUCUUCGAUCUGUUUCGGAAGAGUGACUUUUAAUACCCGAUGUGACAUUUUCACCUUUUUAUUCGUGGGGAAUGAUGUGGAGCUUUCACGACUGUGUUGGAUUUCUUUUCUUUGCCAGUUUCUGCAUUCAGCUUGUAUUUUCUUCGCAUGCAAAGUUUACUGAACUGCCUACAAAUGUGACAGCUAAAGAAGGCCAAAACGUGGAGAUGUCAUGCGCUUUCCAAAGUGGAUUGUCAUCUGUCUAUCUGGAGAUUCAGUGGUGGUUUAUAAGAAUUCCUGAUGAGCAAAAUAACAGUGAAGAGGUUACUGGGACUCAGGUGGAGGUUUUACCAGAAAGAGAUCCAGAUGAUGAUGGAACUAAAAUAAGUACAGUAAAGGUACAAGGAAAUGAUAUCUCCCACAAGCUACAAAUAUCCAAAGUGGAGAAAGAUGAUGAAGGUCUUUAUGAAUGCAGGGUCACGGAUGCCAACUAUGGAGAUCUCCGGGAAUACAAAGCUCAGGCUUACUUGAAAGUAAAUGCCAGCAGUUAUUCACGAAACAUGCAAGCACUGGAAUCCUCACCAUUACACCUUCAAGAUGGAAAAUCACGCAGGAGUAACACAGCUGCUGUGGCCAAUACUGGGGUGAGUUCAGAUAACCAGCGACUCCAUUCAACCUCCAGUUCUCAUACUACAGCAUCCAAAAUUCUCAAACACAGCCCUGGUUCAGGUAUGAUAUCUGCUUCUUUCAAACUUUUUUGAAUAUUAUUCAUUUUU